GGCCCAGCUGUCAGGUUUGAAUCAAAACGCUUGAGCGGUGGAGCCAGAGCCGUACACGUACAGCAGCAGGCGGCGGCGCGGCCAUCUCCUCGCCGCGCAGAUGCGCCUGUUCCGCCGGUGCACAAGAGCCCAAGGAGUCCACCGAUGCUAAAGCUCCAGACAGCCCGGGCGGCGUCUCUCCCUCUCUUCCGCCUCCGUCCCAGCUCCCCUAUUCCCGGCGGCUGCCGCCGCCGCCUCCCCUUCGUCCCGAUUUGCAAACGGCGGAUGGGCACCCAGGCGCAGCCCAGCUUCGCCCCUCUCCCCACGGCGCGACCCGAAUCGGAUGCAGGGGCAGCAGGGUACCAGUUCCGGCUGGUUUCCUACAAUAUCUUGGCCCAGGUUUAUGUGAAGAGUGCAUUUUUCCCGCAUUCCCCAUCUGCCUGUCUCAAGUGGAAAGCUCGGUCUAAAGCUGUUCUAUCAGAACUCAAGAGCUUCGAAGCUGACCUCAUGUGCAUACAGGAGUUGGAUGAGUAUGAAACUUUCUACAGGAAAAACAUGGAGAAUUCUGGAUAUUCAAGUAUUUACAUUCAACGAUCUGGGGACAAACGGGAUGGAUGUGGGAUAUUCUAUAAACCAAAAAGCAUGGAACUAGUCCAGAAGGAAGCAAUCCAUUACAACGAUUUAGUGGAAAAAUAUGUUCAUACUGAUCAUGUAAAUACUGUUACAUCAAAUAAUUCUUCACCAACGGAAGAAGCAAGCAAGAAGACGGAUAAUAACAAGCAUGGAGAUCCAAAUGAUCCACGUUUCAGAUUGAAGCGUGACUGUGUUGGUUUACUUGCUGCUUUCAAGCUUAACGACCCUUGUGAUCACAUUUUAAUUAUGGCGAACACUCAUAUAUAUUGGGAUCCUGAAUGGAUCGAUGUAAAAUUGGCUCAAGCAAAGUAUCUUCUUUCAAGAGUUUCUCAGUUUGAGAAACUUAUCUCGAAUAAAUUUGACUGUAAACCUUCAGUAAUAAUUGCUGGUGACUUCAACUCAACUCCCGGUGACAUGGUAUACAACUACCUCGUAACAGCUAACUCUGAAUCUACGGACGAAGCCCCGGCGAUCAAAUUACGCAGCCUUUAUGCUGCGAAUGGAGGGGAGCCAGAGUUCACCAACUGCACUCCUGGUUUUACAGGAACACUGGAUUACAUAUUUUUGUCGGACGGCAGUUCAAUAAAACCUACCAGCCUACUUCGUAUACCACAAGGGGAUUCAGCCGAUGUCCAGGGAGGGCUACCCAAUUUUCACCAUCCUAGUGACCAUCUGCCAAUCGGUGCUGAUUUCCAGGUACUUAGCAACGAAGGCUGAUUGCAUUUUGAACAUCAGCAAUAAAUGUCCCAUGGAUUGUUCGCCGUGUUUUGAUUGGUUUUAUUGUAUAAACACUAGCAAAUUUAAUAAUAUAUGCAUAAUUUUU